AUGGCCGAUAAGAUGAGGCUCUACGCCGGGGACGAGGACAUAGACCUGGAGGAGCUGGAGCGUGCUUUGACCAUCGUCAGGAGGAAGAUGGCGGAUCCCGCGGCCUUCCCGGGCUUCCUCGAAAACCCUGAGGUGUCCAACCUCAACCUCACGAGAGAGCUUGAGCGCGCAGAGCGCAUGCUCAAGGCCCAGAUGAGCAUCAACCGUGACUUGCACGUAGAGCUCGAGGAGGCGUGCCGGAGGUCUACCCUGGACCGGGGAGAGCUAGGCCAGAAGCUGCGGGACUUCGAGGCCCUCGCCCUCGAGCGGCUUACCGUGAUUAACCGGCUGGAGGCCCAGGUGAAGCAACUUCUGUACGGGCCGGCGAGGAGGCAGCGCCUGGGAGCCCCCGGCGACGCCUCGGCGGCCCAGAUGGAGCAGGAGCAAGAAAGCGCGCUACUCAGCGAGUUGGCCGAGGGUGACUUCUCCGCCGACCAAAACAUCGUCGAGGUUUGGGUGGUCGGUGCCGAGCUGGAGCCCGGGGUGCUUUCGGCCGGAUCGUCGAGCUUCAUCGUCGUGGACUUCUUUGACUUCGAGAGCCAGGCGACCCCUCUGCUGCCCGGGGUGUCGCCGGCCUUUGACUUCGCGACGACGUUCAAGGUCACCGUGGACGACUUUUUCUUGCGCUUCCUUGGCACCGAGGGCCUCGUGCUCGAGCUCAACCAGGCUAGGGCCGCGGAUUUCGAGCUGGUCGGACGAAGGCAGGUGGCGCUGUCCGGCCUCCUGUCGUCGAAGCCGAGGAUCAUCCUGCAGAGGGAGCCGCUCAUCUCCACGCGGGACGGGGCGGUCGUGGGCUACGUGCACGUCGAGAUCCGGAUGGCUCUGCCUGUGACGGAGCUGUACGCUCUCUUCCUGGAGCGAAGGCCGGAGGAGAAGGAGAGGGUAGAACAAGCCAGGCUUAUGGAGGCCAAGGCGAACGGAUAUCUAACGCCAGCAGACGCCGCCGCCGCCGCCCGCAACGGAGCGAUGAAUUCCACACUCCACGGAGGCCUCGGCCUCGCGGGGGACACGACGCGCUUGCGCAACGAGCUGGAAGUGGUUAUCAUUGGAUGUCGCGACCUCCCCUCCAGGGCACAAGCGGGAAAGGACAGUGUUGCACCAGCAGCCUACGUUCACUACCAGCUCCUGGGGUUCCAAGAUGUUUUCACCCCGGUGGUGCACGGUUUGCGCGACCCGAGUUUCCGGCACUCCACCUCCUUUCCCGUCGCCACGGAUGACAAGUUGCUGCGUUUCCUUUCUCGUCACCGCCUGACCGUCACAGUAAUGGACGAUCUCGCCAACGGACCCGGCGAUCCGGACGCCAAUCAGGAGGGUGGUGAUGCGUGGCCAGAUGACGACGAAUCGGAGGGCAACUCACAAAGACCGUUCUUCCUGGCUGACUCUCAAGCACAGGGCUUGAUCGGAGAGGCUCUGAUCGACCUCUCCCCGCUGGCGGAAGGGCGUCCGGUGGUUGCCGGCUGGACUACGGUCGAGGACGCCACGGGGAGGUCAGCGGGAAAGGUCUGCGUCUCCGCGCGUUGGGUGAAGCCGCUGCGGACGGGGGGUGAUCCGGGCCCGCACGGCCUGUCGUCGGAGGAGGUCGAGGGGCUCAUGGCGCGCUUCUCGCCAGAAAAGGACGGCCAGGCGCGUGCAUCGGUCGUGAACUACAUCGCCUUCCUGAAGGAGAGUGAUCCCCCACCCGCCGUCCUGGCGGCCCUGAGCCAGAUGCAGACCUUCCUCGCCGAUGCCUCCGAGCGGGAUGGUCUCUCCGCCACCGAGGCCCUUGGGGCUGUCCUGGGUGUAGAAGGGUCUGACCCUAAAACACAACUGUCGGAGGAGGCUUUCGUGUCUGCCCUGCUGUCCUCGGCAAGCCUCACGGCAUCCCCCGACGAGCUCGCCGCAGCGUACGCGUACACCGCUGGAGGCAGCGGCAGCGGCGGAGGCACUGGUUCUCAUCACGGCCUUACCCUUGAGCAUCUAGCUGCGUUUGCUUCCUGUGGCGGCGGCGGCGGCGGGGGCGGGGGCGCGGGCUCCGGCGGCGACUGGGUGAGCUGGAUCGGCGCGGUGCGCCCGGGGGAUGGCGGCGCAGCUGCUCGGCGGGCGCUCGUGAAAGCACGGGUCAAGUGUCGGGACGCCGGGCUGUUGGGGCGCUCCUUCCCCGGCGAGGUCUUCGCCAAGCUGGACCCCGAGGGCGCGGGGCGGGUAGGUCGCCCUGCCUUCAAGCGUGGGCUGCGGGAGAUGGGGUUCGCCCUGGUGGACGAAGCUCCGGAGAGCAACAGCGAAGGGCUGUUGGGGGGGGAUCAGCAGUGGCGCGCGAUUAAGGCGGGGCAGGAGGGGGGACGGGGACGGGCAGCGGGCGGGGGUCUUGGAAACAUGCUGGAAGAGGCCGCCUCGGCAACGGCGACCCACGCCGACGAGGAGAUCAGGCUGAGAAGGGCGGAGGGAGAAGAACGGGACGAGGCGAGGAGACAAGCGUUCCGAGAAAAGGUUCAGGACAUCGAGAGAGCUACCGCGGAAAAGAUUGACGCGGCCGAAGCUCUUUCUGGAGGCGACGGUGUAGGUCCUAAAGGAGAGGGAAUCGAGCCCCGCAUUGUCAACCUCGACAACGACAAUCGCACCCUCGACGGCAGCGGAAACGGGACGGGCCUUGCUCCCCCGAACCAACACCCGUCCUCCACCGUCGCCAGAAACAGCCAGGCGCGAAUUGGACCCGCCGGUGGCGGGCUCGGACGAGACGCCGCCGCUUCUCUCGUGCAGUCGAGAUUCCGCGGGUACCGCACCAGAAGGGGUCUCGUUGGCGGCGGUGGAGCUGAAGGUCUGACCGCCGGAGGAAAAAGCGGAGCGGGGGGGCAGCCGGAUGGUGUCUCAGGAGAGGGUGGUCUUGUCGAUGGUGUCGACCGCAAGGGGAAGAGCUCCGUGCUCGACCUCGAGGUGGGCAAGUUAUGA